UCCUCGUUUUCACUUGGUUCCUCCAUCUGGGCGCUGCCAUGUUGCCGACCCCACCAAAACGGGGGCCUGGGACCCCAGGGCUCAGGAGGGCUCACCCCGGACUCUCCAGAAGUUGCCGCGGGGCCUUCCGAUCCCCUCGGCCGUCUCCCAAGUCUAGCCAGGCUGAUGGGGCCUCUGAAGAGCUUCAGCAGCUUGACAUUCAGAAACUGAAGGAGAAGAGGGACAUGCUGGACCAGGAGAUCUCCCAAUUCAGAGCUGAAGGCUACAAUGUGGAUGAACUGCAGGACCACAUCUCCCAGCUCCAUGAGUAUAAUGACAUCAAGGAUGUAGGCCAGAUGCUGCUGGGCAAACUAGCUGUGAUCCGAGGCGUCGCCAUCAAAGAGUUAUAUCCGGAAUUUGAUCUGGACGUGAAUGACUGAGCAGAGGGUGCUGAGCCCCUGGCCCAUGACCAGCUGGGACGGGCAGAUGUGACUGUGAGCAGCAGUGAGCCAACCGAGACCCCUGCAGGGUUUCCAGAGUGAAAAUGUCAGAAGCCGAGGCCGAGUUGGGAGGGGAGCCGGGAGGAAGGGUGGCGUACAGGCAUGCGUCCUAUUUAUAAAUAAAUGUGUGCGCAUCGA